UCUUCAUUUCUCAUACUCUUUCCCUCUCCUCUCAAGUCUCCAAACCUUAAACCCCAAAUUUCAAACCAAAAAUGGCAGAAGAAGAUUCAACCAAAGAAACAUCAAAUGUAUCCGAGGAAGAAGAAGAAAAAGACUCGUCAUCUUAUUCAACUUCAGACUCGGAAUACGAUUCAGAUGCUGAUUCAGAUGAUUCAUCAGUAGCAGCAGAAUAUAUAAGACCAGGAGAACCAGUAUACGAUUCAGACGCUGAAGAAAACAAUACAGAAGAAGCAAACAUAAGUCAAUUCUUAAGAGCAUUUAAUAGUAAGAGACUUAGAAAGAAAGAUGAAGAGGAAGAAAAAGAUCUAGUACAACAUGAAGAUUUAUAUGAUUUUCCAAAAGAUCCCGAGAAUUGGAAAGAAGAAGAUAUACAAGAAUUAUGGGGUGAUGCACCAUUAGAAACUACUAAACCUGGUUGGGAUCCAGUUUGGGCUGAUGAUAAAGAAUGGGAUAUUGUUGCUAAAGAAAUUAAAAAUGGCAGAAACCCACCAAUUGCGCCUUUCUAUGUACCUUACAGGAAAUAUUACCCUGCUAUUCCCGAUAAUCAUCAUGAUAUAGCCAAUCCCAAAGCUGUUAUCGAAGAACUUGAUCGUAUUGAAGAGUAUCUUAAAUGGGUUAGCUACAUUUUCCGCGACGGAAGCUCGUAUGAAGGAACAGUUUGGGAUGAUUUAGCUCAUGGAAAAGGAGUGUAUGUUGCUCAAAAGGGGCUUGUCAGGUAUGAAGGUGAAUGGCUGCAGAACAAUAUGGAAGGCCAUGGAGUUGUUGAAGUUGAUAUACCUGAUAUUGAACCAGUGCCAGGUUCAAAGCUCGAAGCAAAGAUGCGUGCAGAAGGGAAAAUAAUAUCCAGGGAUUUUAUGGACCCAGAAGAUAGAGAAUGGUUGGAAAUGGAUAUUGAAGAUAGCUACCGUUUAGCUGCUGGAAACUAUGAGACUCCGUUUGAUAACAAUCCUGAAUGGAUCAAGCAAUUUGGACAGAAACCGGAAAGAGGUCGAUAUCGAUACGCUGGACAAUGGAAGCAUAGCAGGAUGCAUGGUUGUGGUGUUUACGAAGUCAAUGAGCGUCCCAUAUAUGGAAGAUUCUACUUCGGAGAGCUAUUGGAGGAUUCUACUGGCUGUGAUGAAGAUACUUCCGCGCUGCACGCUGGUAUAGCGGAAGUGGCUGCUGCAAAGGCGCGGAUGUUUGUUAACAAACCCGAUGGGAUGGUAAGGGAGCAGAGAGGGCCUUACAGUGAUCCCCAGCAUCCGUACUUGUAUGAGGGAGAAGAUGUGUGGAUGGCACCUGGGUUCAUUAAUCAGUUUUAUGAAGUACCUGAUUAUUGGAAAAAAUAUGUUCAUGACGUGGAUGAAGAAAGGGAGAUGUGGUUGAAUUCUUUCUAUAAAGCACCAUUAAGAAUACCUAUGCCUGCUGAGCUGGAAUACUGGUGGUCAAAAGACGAGACUCCAGAGUUUGUUGUUGUUAAAAACGAACCAGAAGGUGACCCAGAAGACGCGUCAGAGGUUGCAGAAGCAGAAGAUCCUGUCAUUCUUCACACUCCAACUGGACGACUGAUCAAUAUUGUCGAAGAUGAGGAACAUGGGGUUCGCUUAUAUUGGCAGCCUUCUCUUAAAGAAGGGGAGCAAGUGGACCUGAAUAAAGUGGAGUACCUUCCGCUUGGCUUUGACGAGUUCUUUGGAAGAACUAGCAUUGAAAAGAAGGAAGGCCUGGUGGAGCGCCUAAUGACAACUGUGGGGAAUGUAUGGAAGCCAAUAAAUGAUAAACUGGAGAAGCUGAGUGAAGAGAUAAAGAAAAACAGUGAACUGAAGCUCAAGCUGAUAGAACAAGAGCUUGAGUUCAUCGAGGCCGAAUUAUGUCUUGAAGAGACAAUCGAAGAUAUGGAAAAUGAGUUGAGGAAACAAGAGGAGGAGGAGAAGAAAGUUGAUAAGCAGGAAGUAGAAGAUAUUUCUACCCCUAAUGAACAAGAUGGGUUAGAUUCUGCAGCGGAGGAUGAGGAUGAAGAUGAUGAUGAUGAUGAUGAUGCACCAACAAGUUUUGGAUCUGUUGCAGCUGAUGAUGGAAAUAAACGCGGGAAAUCUCCAUUUUCUACAUUGUCACUGUCAUUUGCUUCAAGCAGCUUGGUUUCAACGGUUCCCUGUAAGCUUCAAAAGGCAUUUGUAUCAUGGAGAAAUGGUGGAAAACUCCCAAUAGCUAAGCCCCUUUACCCUCAGUCACGUCCUGAGAACUAUAAAGUCCCUGAGGAAACUUUGUGUUCGGUUGGUUUUCCUCUCGCAAGCAUGUAUCAUGCCAGCUUAAAGUCACAGAGCCAUGUCCAGCAACGAUUUCGAAGGAGAUCAGCGAAACUGUCACCUUUUGAUUCUUUAUCUCGUCUCUUAUCAAAUCCCCAAGCUUCUACAGGCAAUAAAAGCAACAGCUACUCAGAGCAACUAUCACGCAACCAUGAUCCACUACAGAAACAAGCUCAAAUUGAUCUGAACAGCGUAUUAUCCCUUCAUUUCCCAAUAAAUUGUCCUGGUACGUAACAUCUUUGUGCCUCCAUUUAUUUGUACCCAAAUUUUCGUGUAGACUAUUUCAUGUAGGAUAGGGUAAAUUUGGUUUAUAGUUUGAUUGUUAGAAAAAUCCUGACAAGAAUCUGAUAAAUCAUCCUAAUCAUGCAAGAUAUGUGCGUCUCCUUCUUUCGAACCAAGCUAAUUGGUCAGUGGCUCAUGCCAUUGCCAUCGCCUUUCCCAGUUGAGCAAUUUAAAAGCCUUUAAGUUUUUGUUA